AUGGCCAUGAACUAUGUUGAGUGCUUAAGUGAUCCAAUACCACUACCAAGAAACAAACUUCUAAGUCCAAUUAUGUUUCAUGAGGGUAGGUUUGUUCAAAGGCCAACUCCUCUAGCAGCCCUUUUGACCUUUCUAUGGUUGCCAAUUGGCAUCAUACUCUCCAUCUUAAGGGUUUACCUUAACAUCCCUUUGCCUGAAAGAAUUGCUUGGUAUAACUAUAAACUAUUAGGAAUUAGAGUUAUUGUGAAGGGUACCCCUCCACCAUCCCCAAAGAAGGGUCAAAGUGGUGUCCUAUUUGUUUGUAACCACCGCACAGUUUUAGACCUUGUGGUUACUGCAGUUGCACUUGGAAGAAAAAUUAGUUGUGUCACAUAUAGCAUAAGCAAAUUCACUAAAAUAAUUUCACCAAUUAAAGUUGUGGCGCUCUCAAGGGAAAGAGAGAAAGAUGUUGCCAAUAUCAAGAGACUACUUGAGGAAGGGGACUUGGUGAUUUGCCCUGAAGGCACAACUUGUAGAGAGCCUUUCCUCUUGAGGUUCAGUGCACUAUUUGCUGAACUCACUGAUAGGAGUGUCCCAAUUGCUAUUAACACAAAGCAAAGUGUGUUCUACGGAACCACGGUUUGCAGACACAAGUUGUUGGACCCCUACUUUGUGUUCAUGAAUCCAAUGCCAACAUAUGAGAUCACUUUCUUGAACCAGCUUCCUAAGGAGCUCACAUGCAGUGGAGGGAAAUCAGCUAUUGAAGUUGCAAACUACAUUCAAAGGGUUCAUGCAGGGACUUUGGGAUCUGAGUGCACAAAUUUGACUAGGAAGAGAAAAUAUGCCAUGCUUUCAGGGACUUUGCUUUCAAUUAUUUUCAGCUAUAUAAUUUUCAAUUAUUAUCACAGACACUUGCGCACUUCUAUAUAA